CAUUGGCUGUGAGGGUUGAAUGUAAGAUGGCGCCCAGGGAGCUGUGAGGGGAAAAUCCUGUCGGUCUCGGAGCGGCGACGGCAGAACCGGGGCCCCGAGCGGUGCGGCGGGGCCGGCGGGUAGAACGGCGGCGGCGGCGGCGGCGACGUCGCCCGAUUAAUUCUUAAGAUAAAUACCCUGAAGAAAAACUUGCCAAAUUGAUUUCUGAAUGUCAAUUGUCACUUAGUUAUUUAAGGAAUCUUAAGGACUCUGCAAUAUGAAUAAUUCCCUAGAGAACACCAUCUCCUUUGAAGAGUACAUCCGAGUGAAGGCGCGGUCUGUCCCGCAACACAGGAUGAAGGAAUUUCUGGACUCACUAGCCUCUAAGGGGCCAGAAGCCCUUCAGGAGUUCCAGCAGACAGCUACUACUACCAUGGUGUACCAACAGGGUGGGAACUGCAUUUACACAGACAGCACCGAAGUGGCCGGGUCUUUGCUAGAACUUGCCUGUCCAGUCACCACCAGUGUUCAGCCACAAACCCAGCAAGAACAGCAGAUCCAGGUUCAGCAGCCACAGCAGGUUCAGGUACAGGUGCAGGUACAACAGUCUCCGCAGCAGGUCUCGGCUCAGCAGCUCUCCCCACAACUCACCGUUCACCAGCCUGCAGAGCAGCCCAUCCAUGUCCAGGUGCAGAUCCAAGGCCAAGCAACACAGCCGGCAGCCCCCUCCAUCCAGACCCCAUCUCUGCAGAGCCCUAGCCCUUCACAGCUUCAGGCGGCCCAGAUCCAGGUGCAGCACAUGCAGGCGGCCCAGCAGAUCCAGGCUGCAGAGAUCCCAGAGGAGCACAUCCCACAUCAGCAGAUCCAGGCUCAGCUGGUGGCUGGCCAGUCACUUGCUGGGGGUCAGCAGAUCCAAAUCCAGACUGUGGGUGCCCUUUCCCCACCACCGUCCCAGCAGGGCUCACCCCGGGAAGGGGAACGGCGAGUUGGCACGGCCAGUGUCCUCCAGCCAGUGAAGAAGCGCAAAGUGGACAUGCCCAUCACUGUGUCCUAUGCCAUCUCAGGGCAGCCAGUGGCUACCGUGCUGGCCAUUCCACAGGGCCAGCAGCAGAGUUACGUGUCUUUGAGGCCAGACUUACUGACAGUAGACAGUGCCCACCUAUACAGUGCCACUGGGACCAUAACUAGCCCUACGGGAGAAACUUGGACCAUCCCUGUUUACUCUGCCCAGCCCCGGGGGGACCCUCAACAGCAGAGCAUUACCCAUAUUGCCAUUCCCCAGGAAGCCUACAAUGCAGUUCAUGUCAGUGGCUCACCCACAGCCCUGACAGCUGUAAAGCUGGAGGAUGACAAGGAGAAGAUGGUGGGCACCACAUCUGUCGUGAAAAACUCCCAUGAAGAGGUAGUGCAGACCCUUGCAAACUCUCUCUUUCCAGCACAGUUCAUGAAUGGCAACAUCCACAUUCCAGUGGCUGUGCAAGCCGUGGCAGGCACAUACCAGAAUACAGCUCAGACUGUCCAUAUAUGGGACCCCCAGCAGCAGCCACAACAACAAACUCCCCAGGAACAGACACCACCGCCACCGCAGCAGCAGCAGCAGCAGCAGCAGCAGCAGCUCCAGGUUACUUGUUCAGCUCAAACUGUUCAAGUAGCUGAAGUUGAACCACAGUCACAGCCACAGCCUUCCCCAGAACUUCUACUUCCAAAUUCUCUGAAACCAGAAGAAGGGCUUGAAGUAUGGAAAAACUGGGCACAGACCAAGAACGCUGAGCUAGAGAAGGAUGCUCAGAACAGACUGGCACCCAUUGGCAGGCGUCAACUGCUGCGAUUCCAGGAAGAUCUCAUCUCUUCUGCUGUGGCCGAGUUGAAUUAUGGGCUGUGUCUAAUGACACGGGAAGCUCGAAAUGGAGAAGGUGAACCCUAUGACCCAGAUGUGCUGUACUAUAUUUUCCUGUGUAUUCAAAAGUAUCUUUUCGAAAAUGGACGGGUUGAUGACAUUUUCUCUGAUCUUUAUUAUGUUCGAUUCACGGAGUGGCUGCAUGAAGUUCUGAAGGAUGUUCAGCCCCGAGUCACUCCACUUGGCUAUGUCCUGCCCAGCCACGUGACUGAGGAGAUGCUGUGGGAGUGCAAGCAGCUUGGGGCUCACUCCCCUUCCACCUUGCUGACCACCCUCAUGUUCUUUAACACCAAAUACUUCCUCUUGAAGACAGUGGACCAGCACAUGAAGCUGGCCUUCUCCAAGGUCUUACGACAGACAAAGAAGAACCCCUCUAAUCCUAAGGAUAAAAGCACGAGUAUUCGGUACCUGAAGGCACUUGGGAUACACCAGACUGGCCAGAAAGUUACAGAUGACAUGUAUGCAGAACAAACGGAAAAUCCAGAGAAUCCCCUGAGAUGUCCUAUCAAGCUCUACGAUUUCUACCUCUUUAAAUGCCCUCAGAGUGUGAAAGGCCGGAAUGACACCUUUUACCUGACGCCGGAGCCGGUGGUGGCUCCCAACAGCCCAAUCUGGUACUCGGUCCAGCCUAUCAGCAGAGAGCAGAUGGGACAGAUGCUGACUCGAAUCCUGGUGAUACGAGAAAUUCAGGAGGCCAUAGCAGUGGCUAAUGCAAGCACCAUGCACUGAGAUCCCUCAGCCGUGGUUCAAGGGAGACGAUCCAGGAAAAAACGGACAGACUUUCACACUAAAGAAGAGGCCUCCAUUUUUUUCUUUUCUUUUUUAUUGGUGUAGUUAUGAAGCCUUUCAGACUGCUUCUGUUUAAAAUGUAAAAGGAAACUUUGCCCCCGUGCAUCUUCAUAAACCUGCUGUGGCAGACUCCUCAGCCCAUGGGGGCUCUGGGUUUCCUGAGAGCCAGAUGUUCUAGAAAGUUGCUGGCUGACUUUUUUUUGUUUGGGGCCUGAGGAAAGGGCUUGGACUGUUAAGAGAAAUGUGGCCCCUUAUCCUUCCUCCAGAAAGAUGGAAUUAAUGAUGGAUGGACCCUACAGAGAGAUCUCUCCAGCUGGCUUCCAUUAUGACUGGCAGACAUUGCUGACCACAGGGGAGCGAGCCAUGGCCUUUUCUUUCUUCAUGCUCAGACAUAAAUCUAGCAUCUUAAUGGAAGGAAAAUGAGGGGGAACUUCAAUUAUGAUUUAUUAAAGACAAUUUCUAUUACACCCUUCUUUAUGACAAAUGACAUUUUAGAUGUUAAAGUAAAAACUUUACCUUUUUUUUUGUUUGUUUGUUUUUGGUUUUUUUUUUUUUUUUUUUUUUUUUGGCCUAACAUUGAGGCCUUAAACCUGAGGCUCCUGUGCCUGAUGGAAUUCUUGUAACAUACACUUGUGUAUCAUAUAAAGAUACCACUCUGUUUCUCUUAUGUAUUCUUAAUCUAGUUGUUUAUUAAGAAUGACAAGCACGUGUUUUCAA